AUGUCGCAGCUCCUCUUCUCGCCGCACCGCACCAUCAUUGUCGUGGGCCACUCGAUGUUCUUUCGCGAGGUUCUGAGAAGAUUCCUGAGCGACGACUUCAGGCGGACGGAUCCCGAGUUCUGCCGGAGAGCGGGCAGCAGGAAGAUGACGAACUGUGGCGUCGUGAUGCUGGACUUGGACCCGACGCGCGCGAUACACGAAGGCCCCAUCGCGAGCGCGGAGCUCGUUCUGGGCACCGGCUUCGAGGAGGGCCCAGGGCCCGGGCUCCUGGGCGGCUGCUGCGCCGCCCCGGGGGCCUCCACCGACUCCGAUGAGGUCUUCGAGGACAGCCCCGCCGUGACGCCGCGGCGCGACGGCCAGCGCCCCCCCUGA